AUGAAGUUUUCAACUUUUUCACCUGAAGUAGAUUUAGAAAAUUACAAUUACUCCUAUAAUUUUGGCUUCAUUUAUAUUCAUAUCAUUGAAAUAUAGAAAACACAAAGAUAUCAUUCAUAUAAGAAUUUUUCUAUAAAGUUGAGUCACUGUCACAAAGAAGAGCAGAUAUUCUGUAAGGAUGUGAUCAUAUUAAAGUUAGGUAGCUAAUUGUUUUUAUUAGCGAAUCAUUAAUUGAUUUUUAUAAAACCUAUCUCCUCACUUUUGGUUUCUUUAAGAAUAUGCAUCCAAUCGAAUACAAAAAAUUAUAUUUUAAUUUUAUGAAGGUAUAUUUAAUAAUUCACAUUGUAUGCGGAAUCAUUACAUAUGAUUCCAAUACGAUUACUAAUUUUGCUUAUUAGUAUAGUGGAGGAAGUAAAUGCAUUUCACCUUAACAACGAUAAAAAACAGUCUAUUUUUCUGACAUAUUUGCAAGACCUCCAAAAAUAAUUUUAUAAACUCAAAUGUUCGACUUAGAACAUCCAUAUCUAAAUUUCACCCUUCAGAUUAUGACUGUUACAACAGAUUGUAUUAUUUAUCAAAGUAUUAGAUUUUAUACUGCAUUAAAAAUGCGAUUAUUCAGUAGUCCAUGGUAUUGUAAUUAGAUGGUAAGCAAUGGAUGAUGAAAGAAUUUAAGUUAUAAAUGAGUUUAACAUGAUAUCAUUAUAGAAUAAAACUUAUUCUCACAACAACCCUAAUGUCGAAGAGGCGAUUAUCUCUUUGAUUAAUUUAUCCUAUAAGGGUUCUAUUAAGUUCAAUAUCGAGGUAUUUAUUAAGAGAUAUCUACUUAGAUCGCUGAAUUAACGACAAAAAAUGUAUCUGUUGUAAUAACAAAUCCAAACGAUGGCUUAAAAAAUCUGCUUGUUUUGGGUUAUUAAGUAAUUUUAGGAGUCAAAGAAGCUAUUUCACAUUUUAGUUCCAUCUAUACAACUGCUGCCUAUACAAGUCCUCAUUAUAAUUUUAAAGAUUCUUCUUGGUUAAUUACACCUUUCAUUGGAUUUUCUUAUGAUGUAACAGCUAACAUUAGACUAAAUUUAACUCAUUAUACAGAUCAAUAGGCAAUAUGGUAUCAGCUUAAUUCAUUUGUAGGUACAAUUGAUU